AUGCCUAGUCGCAUUAAUCUUCACAAAAGGUUAAUCACAAGCAAGUUUUUGGAGGAGAAAGCUAUAGGCGACCAGGGACAGAAAUUUCCAAAUAUCUCGAAGGGAGGGGCUAGAGCUGAAACUACAGCUCGUGGUUGGUUCUGCUACAUGCAACCCCAAAGUCCAUUAUCAGAGCAGAUGUCAAAUUAUGGCCAUCGACAAUUCGAUUCGAUCACAAUCUUGAGCUCGAAACUUAAUGCAUACCAGUGA